AUGGCUGGGCUGCUUUCUGCUUCGCCGCCGUGGCCGAGCAGACCGGCAUUCCCAUCAGUUCUUCCCAUCAAAGAGGUUUCGCCACUAGCAGCUCGUGAAGAAGAUCGGAAGGCUUCUGCAGCAGCGACGGCUCUGAUCAUGGGAUCCGUUGCUGGUGUGCAUGCUGGGCUCCGAAGUCGAAGCAAGAGAUGUGGACCUGCCCGCGAUCCGUCGGUCUCAUCGAUGCAGGCCGCGACCCUGCAAGUCGCUCGACAGACGAGUUUGGGAGCAGCACCGUCUUUAGUGCUGCGGUUGUGGGAGGAGGUUGGUCUCCCGCAGGGCAAUGUGGAAAAGGAGCGUGCUUGGCUGGAAGCCUUCGACGCGAACGCAGUUGUUGAGGACCUCUACUACUCAGACGUCAGUGCGUCAGAUUCUGCUGGUGUUCGCGCCUACGUAGAGAACAAGGCCUCUUGCGGAAGGAUCGUCAUUGACCGCCUGAGUGAUGGCACAAGGUCUUGUGGAUUCACCUGGCAUUUGGAAGAUGACGGUGCUGUGGGAAUCCGUGGCACCACGUAUGUGGAGCUGAAUGAAGAUGGGUUGGUCAGCUACCUGCGCGAGAUCUGUGAGCCCUUGUUCAAGCCCGGUGAUGCAACAGUGGAACUACUGAAGGCCAUCGGUGGUGAGAAUACAGCCAAGUUUGAUGCCGUUGAGCGACGCUCCCCAUCGGGAGCGAGUGACAUCUGCCGGUAUCUGUGGAGCGAGCUGCAGGGCAAUGCAGCACCAUCAGAGUCGUUGACUUUCUUCGCGGAAGAGGUGUUGUACGAGGACUUCAACUAUGAGAUGCCAAUGCGUGGGAAAGCAGCAGUGGGCGAGUUCUUGGAGAAGUUUGCUGAGAUCAAGGCACUCAAAUUCGUUGCUGAGCGGUUUUCGGACGGAAUCCGCGCAUGCUGCUUCACCUGGAACGUUGAGAUAUCUGGGGCCUCCUCAGAUGCCCCCAGGACUCGAGGCAUCUCCUUUUACGAGUUGAACAACGAAGGUGAGAUUGCGUAUGUUCGAGACAUCCCCGAGAGCUUAGCAAAGCCGCCACCGCUACAGGCCAUUGCAGCAGCUAUCCGACCCAAGCUACGAGUUUUCCAGCCGAGAAGCACAGUUGUAUCUGGAGAGGCAGCAACGUCACGCUGCAACUGUGCAGAUGCUGGCGGUGUGGUUACGUUGACCGCAGCCGCUAGUGACGCUAGUGUUGGUUUCGUGCCAGCCAUGAGUCAGGAGAUUGAAGUGCGCCCGCUUCCGCCUUCGUCUACCGGAACCCUGGCGUUCAUCAGUGAAAGGACAUUGCAGCUUGUUGCCCAGAUCCGGCAAUCUGGGCACCUCUUCGUGUUAAUCAGUGGUGCCCGUAGCAGCACGGUCCUGGAACGCCUGCCGUUCCUUCCGGCAGCAGAUGCCUACGUCACGGAAAAUGGCGGACGCAUUUUCGUUCCUGCUCCAAGCCAUUCCGCCCUUACAGCUGCACCCAUCGUUGAAGACUUGCAGUGGCGGGGUAUUCAUGUUGCAGCACCAGUCGUUCUCGAGUCUGUGCCGCCUUCUAAACGUCCUGGGACAUUGUGGGACUUGUUCCGCAAAUUGGAGCGUGAAGGCUGGACAUGUGACGCCAACAAAUAUUCGACCGACUUUCGGGUCAGCGUUAAAAAAUCACAGGGAAAAACUGAAGCUGACCUUCGUCUUGUCAUUGAUGCUCUGCCGACAAGCUUGGCAUGUUCUUUCAAUCUGGGCAGUGCUGAUUUCUAUCCUGCCACGAGCGGGAAGGACAAGGCUGCCAAGUACCUCAUGAAGGCUUUGGGGCAGUUUGACAAAGAUUCAACUGUGAGUAUGGGCGAUGACGACAACGACUUGGCUCUAGCGAAGGUUGUGGGCCACACCUACAUACCUGGUUUCACUGCUGAAUCUGUGAGAACUGCAGUUCAAGAGGAACCGCAGGCUUUUACUGUUGCGAAGCACGGUGCUUUUCUUGGCACUCACGAGGUUCUGGAGCUUAUAGGAGCCUUCGGUGCAUCUGGUUCCUGGCAGUGGAAAGGAUGCUUUGGUGACACCGUUGGCCAGCGUAUUCAUGUCGGCUUUUGUGAGUGUGUGGACGGAGAGACUGUGCUGGUCUUGCACCCAGAUGUUCCAUGGAUUGCAGAGACAGAUCUCAGACAGAUCUCUGAUCCAGGUCAGAUGCGAGACGUCGACCUAUCUCUGAAGAGGUGUCGACCUGAUGUGCUGAAGCGCCUGGAGGAGUUCGGCUUCAGCUGUGUAGAUGCCUUGGUGUCAUCGGUACAGGAUGCUGCCAAAGUUACAUUUGGGCACGUUGUUUUGGACACGGCCAUGUUGGCGCUUUAUGAGGAGGAACUUUUCCAUGGGAUAGCGAUGCACAGCAAUGCGGCCUUGAAGUCGCUCGAAAAGCUCAACAGCUCGGGCCGCCAUGACCAGAGAGCUUCCCCCACCUGCAACGGUAGCCAGCGCAGACUGGCAAUCCGAAAUGAUGUGGACUUCACCAGAAGAAAGGCACCUGCCCAAGGCUCGCGCCACUGCCACAAUUCCCUCAACCUCGGCUCGAAAAGGAGUUUGGUCCUCGCCGCCAACGUUGAGACUGAAGACCAGUUCAUUUUCCAGCGUCACUGCCCAGGCCGCAGCGGAGUUGACGAGGCUGCCGUCGGUGCCGAUAUAGACGAUCUCCCCCGCAGCCAGCUUCAGGUCGAGCGCCUCCGCAAUGUCGUCGAUGAGGCCUUCAUGGUCCAAGACAGCCGGGGCCAAAGGCAGCUCCGGGACUCCUCUGGCAAGCAAGCGCUUGCUCAAACGGCAUGUAGGUGCAUGAUGGGAAGGACAUAUGGCUGUUUCUGGAUCUACAGCCGCCCUGAGGCACCCGAUCUGGGAGGUGCGAACACUUCGCCCCCGCAGAACUGCAAAGGAUUGGAGCAGAGCUUUGCGCUUGCACAGGGAGUGCUCCUUCUCGGUGGCACUUUCGUUGUACGGGGUGCAGAGGUGGCGUAUGCCUGGGCAGACAGAAUUCCUGGUGACUAUCCCAGGCAUGAUCCUCGGCACCUGCUCGCAUAG